AUGGAUGAGCUUGACUGUGCGCUGGACCUCAUGCGGCGGCUUCCGCCUGCAGACGUGGAGGAGAACCUUGCUGGCGUCAUUGACCUUGUGCCGGACCUGAUGGACGAGCUGCUCUCGGCCGUCGACCAGCCGCUGCGUGUCGAGAAGGACGAGGCGUCGGGCAAGGACUAUCUGCUCUGCGACUACAACCGCGACGGAGACUCGUACCGCUCGCCGUGGUCGAACGCGUACAACCCGCCGCUUGACUACGACGGCACCUUCCCGUCCGAGCGCCUCCGCACCUUUGAGGAGAAGGCCAACGGGGUCUUUGACACAUACCGCUCGCUUUACUACGAGGGUGGCGUGUCGUCGGUCUAUGCUUGGGACCUCGACUCGGGCUUUGCCUGUGUCGUCCUCAUCAAGAAGACCGAGGACGGCUCCGGCAAGAAGGGCGCCAAGGGCUCGUGGGACUCGAUCCAUGUUGUCGAGGUCCAGGAGAACGGUGCCGACGUCCACUACAAGAUCACCUCGACCAUCAUGCUCAGCCUAAUCACAAACGUUCCGGGCUGCGACGACGUCAACCUCUCCGGCUCGCUCACCCGCCAGGCCACCUCGGACGCCAACGUCUCGUCGCAGGACUCGUCCGCCCCGCACAUCGUCAACAUCGGCAAACUUGUCGAGGAGAUGGAGUCCAAGAUGCGGAAUGCGCUCGAGCAGAUCUACUUUGGCAAGACCAACGACAUCAUCUCGUCCGACCUGCGCGUCGCCUCGGGCCUCGGCGAGGCCAACCGUCGCAAGGCCCUCGCCACCCAGGCCAUGGCCGAGAUGGGGGCUCGCUCUGAGUUUGUCAAUACCCUCCAGCGGCUGCACGAGCUGUACAACGCCCAGACGCGGACACUCGAGCAAGAGCUCCUUCAGUCUCAGGCUGUGGUGGUGGACCAGCGGAAUCUGAUCUCCUCGCUCGAGGCCAAGGUCGCCGGCCUCAAUGCCCGUGUGGCAGAGGUUGAGGCUUCGCAUCGUGCUGUGGUCAGCGAGCGUGCUCAUCUCCUCGACGAGAACGUCCAGCUCGCUGCUGCCCUCCAGAAGACCAAGACUGAUCUCUCCAAGCUCGUCCACUUUAAGCAGGCCAUUCUUCACACCUUUGACGAUCCUGACCUCGCCCCCUCCGCCGCCUUUUCGCCGCAGCGUUCUGGUGCGUCGUACGCCACUCCGCGUGCUGGCGCCUCUGCGGAGCCGCCGCUCUCCUCCUCGGUCUCCGCCGCCCUCAACAUCGCCGAUCGCUACUCAACUAUGGCCGCCUCCGAGCUCGCCUAUGCCGGCACUGGAGUAGCUACUCAGAGCCCACCGGCAAACAACUAUGCGGCACCGUCGACUCCGUUGCGGUCGUCUGUCUCCAACGCUGCCGCCGACGAACUCAUUGCUGAGAUCAACCGCUCCAUCAACUCGCCGUCAUCGGCUGCUCGAGCCUCGCCUGUCCGCCCGCGGACAAUGCCGCCAUCGGCCAGCACCGCACCGGCUUCGCCCGGCGGGCCGGCCCUCGACUCGGUCGACGGCCGUGAGUUUUUCCGCGCCGCCCGCGCCCGCCUCUCGUACGAGCAGUUCAACGCGUUCCUCGAAUCGAUCAAGGCUCUCAACAACCACCAGGUCACCCGCGACGACACGCUCCGCAAGGCCUGGGAGCUGUUUGGUCCGGCUGGUGAGGAUCUGUACGCUCAGUUCAAGGCCCUCAUUUCCAAGCACGCAUGAGUGGGCUCGGCGCUCUUCAUGGCUGUCGUCUUCACAGGUUACAGGUUUCUUCACUUCCCCCUGACGAGGGAGCGCAG